CGCCCCCGCCGCAGGGCUCGGCUGGUCUCGGCGCGGCCCCGCCCCGCCCCGCCCGGCGCCGGGUCCGUCACUGCGGCGGAGUCGCGGAGGCGCCGCCAUCGCGGGCAGAUGCAGGCGAUCAAGUGUGUGGUGGUGGGCGACGGAGCUGUAGGGAAGACCUGCUUGCUGAUCAGUUACACCACGAAUGCCUUUCCUGGAGAAUACAUCCCCACUGUGUUUGAUAACUAUUCUGCCAAUGUCAUGGUAGAUGGAAAGCCAGUGAACCUAGGCCUCUGGGAUACAGCGGGGCAAGAGGACUAUGACCGACUGCGGCCUCUUUCUUAUCCACAAACGGAUGUUUUCUUGAUCUGCUUCUCCCUUGUGAGUCCAGCCUCCUUUGAGAAUGUCAGAGCGAAGUGGUACCCUGAGGUCCGACACCAUUGCCCAAAUACACCCAUCAUUCUGGUGGGUACCAAGCUGGACUUGAGGGAUGAUAAAGACACCAUUGAAAGGCUACGUGAUAAGAAACUGGCCCCUAUCACCUACCCCCAAGGCUUGGCCAUGGCUCGGGAGAUUGGGUCGGUAAAGUACCUCGAGUGCUCUGCCUUGACGCAGCGGGGCUUGAAGACGGUGUUUGAUGAAGCCAUCCGGGCUGUGCUCUGCCCACCACCUGUGAAGAAGCCUGGCAAAAAGUGCACCGUGUUCUGAGGGCUGUGGCCUAGGUGCUGGCUCAGCAUGUUGUUGUCCUCCACCAGAUUGCGUAUUAGCUGAGUGUUUCUGGAGGGGGCUGGGAUGUGUAGGGCCCUUCAUCAUGUACGAAGUCAGUGUUUUUUAAAUGUCUCUUUGAUUUAACGUCAGUGUUGAUGUGAAGGGGCAGUGGGGGCAGGAGACUAGCUGGGGGGCUGUGGAGCCCCCAGGGGAGGUACAGUGGGGAAGGCAAGGUAGCUCCUUGGGGCAAUAGGCUGUUGUGACUCUCCUGAACUCCAAGCUGAAAGAGCUGAGACAUCCAUCCUGUGUUGGAAACACCUGUUUUAUACCUGCAGGGUGAAACAGCUGGUGAAGAUCCUUGUGGGAGAGGGAAAGGAGCCGACAUAAAUGGUGUUGAAUGAUAAGAGCAGCUAGGAGAGCAGUAGGGUCUCCUUGCCCGGCCUGCUGUGGCUAACAAAUCGGUGCUCUAGCAGAUAUGUGCCUGAGACUGUUACAGGAAUCAAAACCAGCUCUUGAAGGGGUCAAAAAUAAAUGAGAGAUGCAAGGCUGAAGAACUAAUCAUUAGGUGCUUUACUGGGUACUAACCAAACUCAGUGAGUGAAACAGCCCUGUGCAGUCGAUGUAUUUGCCUUUAAUGUGUGCACACCGUAGGACAGCAUGGUGCUGCUCCCUCCUCAUCAGUCUUUAGCAGGGCCUCCCCCCCACAAUCCAGUCUCUGCAGAGCAGGGCUGAGGUUGUUGCCUCUGUUUUGUUUUUUUCUACUAAAGACAGUGAAGGAAGCAAUGAGGAGUCUGCUAGCUUCUCCCUUCCCUUCCCACUGAAAGUGAAGGUGGACUCUAUGGAUUUGGAUGGAACAGGGAGAGCUUCCAAAGGGUUGUGGGGUGGGGGGGGAAGAGGGUUGGAACAAAGACAGGUCCAGUUUCUAAUCAUCAUGUAGAGUGAAAAGAUAAAACCUUAUUUGGUGCAAUAAACAUUCUCCAUGACAGCG